CGGGUCGGCGGGCGUGGCCGGAGUCGCGCGCGGUUGGCGCGCGGUCCCGAGUGAAAGGAGAAGGAGGGGCGCCGGGGGUGACGGUGCGGAGCCGCUGCCAGCGCUGGGCGAGAGUCGGCAGCCGAAUCCGAGGAGCAGGCGGCCCUGAGGCCGAGUCAGCUGCGCGGGCCCCCGGAUCCCCCCACCGAGCAGCGGCGGUGUCUGGCCAGGCAAGAGGCGCUGCCCGGCCGCGGCGGGGAAGAUGUUCAGCGUAGAGUCGCUGGAGCGGGCGGAGCUGUGCGAGAGCCUCCUCACUUGGAUCCAGACAUUUAAUGUGGAUGCACCAUGGCAGACCGUGGAAGAUUUAACGAAUGGGGUUGUGAUGGCCCAGGUUCUUCAAAAGAUAGAUCCUGCAUAUUUUGAUGAAAAUUGGCUAAACAGAAUCAAAACUGAAGUAGGAGAUAAUUGGAGGCUAAAGAUAAGCAAUUUAAAGAAAAUUUUAAAAGGAAUCUUGGAUUAUAAUCAUGAGAUUUUAGGACAGCAAAUUAAUGACUUUACCCUUCCUGAUGUCAACCUUAUUGGGGAGCAUUCUGAUGCAGCAGAGCUUGGAAGGAUGCUUCAGCUCAUCUUAGGCUGUGCUGUGAACUGUGAACAGAAGCAAGAGUACAUCCAAGCCAUUAUGAUGAUGGAGGAAUCUGUUCAACAUGUUGUCAUGACAGCCAUUCAAGAGCUGAUGAGUAAAGAAUCUCCUGUCUCUGCUGGAAACGAUGCCUAUGUUGACCUUGAUCGCCAGCUUAAGAAAACGACAGAGGAACUAAAUGAAGCUUUAUCAGCAAAGGAAGAAAUUGCUCAAAGAUGCCAUGAAUUGGAUAUGCAGGUUGCAGCAUUGCAGGAAGAGAAAAGUAGUUUGUUGGCAGAGAAUCAGGUAUUAAUGGAAAGACUCAAUCAAUCUGAUUCUAUAGAAGACCCUAACAGUCCAGCAGGAAGAAGGCAUUUGCAGCUCCAGACUCAAUUAGAACAGCUCCAAGAAGAAACAUUCAGACUAGAAGCAGCCAAAGAUGAUUAUCGAAUACGCUGUGAAGAGUUAGAAAAGGAGAUCUCUGAACUUCGGCAACAGAAUGAUGAACUGACCACUUUGGCAGAUGAAGCUCAGUCUCUGAAAGAUGAGAUCGACGUGCUGAGACAUUCUUCUGAUAAAGUGUCUAAACUAGAAGGUCAAGUAGAAUCUUAUAAAAAGAAGCUAGAAGACCUUGGUGAUUUAAGGCGGCAGGUUAAACUCUUAGAAGAGAAGAAUACCGUGUAUAUGCAGAACACUGUCAGUCUAGAGGAAGAGUUAAGAAAGGCCAACGCAGCGCGAAGUCAACUUGAAACCUACAAGAGACAGGUAGUAGAACUACAAAAUAGAUUAUCCGAAGAAUCAAAGAAAGCAGAUAAACUAGAUUUUGAAUAUAAGCGGCUAAAAGAAAAAGUUGACAGUCUUCAAAAAGAAAAGGAUAGACUGAGAACAGAAAGAGAUUCUCUGAAGGAAACCAUUGAAGAGCUUCGUUGUGUACAAGCUCAAGAAGGGCAGCUCACAACUCAAGGGUUAAUGCCUCUUGGAAGUCAGGAGUCUUCAGACAGUCUAGCAGCAGAGAUUGUUACACCUGAAAUCAGGGAGAAACUUAUUCGUCUUCAGCAUGAGAAUAAGAUGUUAAAGCUUAACCAAGAAGGUUCGGACAAUGAAAAAAUAGCCUUAUUGCAGAGCCUUCUAGAUGAUGCAAAUCUACGCAAGAAUGAACUGGAGACAGAGAAUAGGCUGGUGAAUCAAAGACUUCUGGAAGUACAGUCACAAGUUGAAGAAUUACAAAAAUCUUUACAGGAUCAAGGCUCAAAAGCAGAAGAUUCAGUCCUUCUAAAAAAGAAGCUUGAAGAACAUCUAGAGAAGCUGCAUGAAGCCAAUAAUGAACUACAGAAGAAGAGAGCCAUUAUUGAAGAUCUCGAGCCAAGAUUUAACAACAGCUCCUUAAAAAUUGAAGAAUUACAGGAAGCUUUACGAAAGAAAGAGGAAGAAAUGAAGCAAAUGGAAGAACGAUAUAAAAAAUACUUAGAGAAAGCCAAAAGUGUUAUUCGUACUUUAGAUCCUAAACAGAAUCAAGGAGCAGCACCAGAGAUACAAGCUCUUAAAAAUCAGCUCCAGGAACGAGACCGACUGUUCCACUCAUUAGAGAAAGAAUAUGAGAAGACAAAGAGUCAAAGAGAGAUGGAAGAGAAAUACAUUGUUAGUGCCUGGUACAAUAUGGGAAUGACUCUGCAUAAAAAGGCAGCUGAAGAUAGACUGGCAAGCACAGGCUCAGGGCAGUCGUUUCUGGCGAGGCAGAGGCAAGCGACCAGCAGCAGAAGAUCAUACCCAGGCCACGUGCAGCCGGCCACAGCAAGGUAGAGAAGUCCUGCCGCUCAAACACAGACACCUGCACCCACAGCAUACUUCUGUUACACACAACAACAUUUCAGGAAACUCAGCCAGCUUACUUUUUGUUCCUCUUCUGUGUCAAUACUUAGUGUUUCUCAUUUUGAGGACUUUUUCUCUCUCCCGUAUCUUUGUUUUAGUUUCUUUGGUUUUUAUUUUGUAGUCCUUUCAGUUCUUUUUAAUGUGCCAAAAAUUUGUACAUGUUCAAUUAAAAAUGUUGUAUAAUAGUGUAAUACUUUUCUUUGUAUGAAAAUGUCCUCUUCCUCAAAGGUGUAGGAUUUGUAAUAAAUUAGAUUUUCUGCCAAUAAUUGAUAAUACAAUUUAUAUUCUUUAUUGUGCCUGUGUGUUACCAUGCUUUAUAAGAAUGUCUUUGUUUAAAGGGAAUUAAUCUUUUUAUGAUGUAUUAAUCUGUGUUUUCAAUUGUUUUCCAAGUACAGUUCAAAUAACUUGCAUAUUUACUAUACAAAAUGGUUGACAAGUAUUCUUUUUGCAAAGACGUAAAUACAUUGGCAGAGGUGCUAAUCACAUCUUCCCUAAGGCACCUGGUAGAAUUAUUUGAGGAAAAAACGAGUUUUCACAUUGUUUUAUAGGACAUUAAAUUUGGCCAAAGAUUUGGAGACUAUUUUUAAAUCAUAAAUACACCAAAUUUCAUUAUUUCCUGCUAUCUUGUUUGCUGGCAGAAGUGUGAAUGUAUUGGUGAGGUUAUUUUGGGAUAAAUUACAAAAGAAAAAAAAUCAGGCACUGCAUUAAUUUCUUGUUGUUGUUUUGGAAUAUCUUAGUAACUGAGGAUCAUUUUCUAGCAAUGUGGUUAACAUACCUUCAGUUGCUCUCCACAUCUAAAAGAGUUUUCUUUCAUAUAUGUACAAGUUAUUGGUAGUCUUAUUUUUGGGCUGUUUGUUGACUUAUGCCCCAUUUGUUUUAUUUAUUCUUUAAUAUAAACCCUUCCAUUUUUUAAUAAUUCCUAACACUUGACAUCUUAAUAUCAGUCAUUAACAUUAGUAACUUCUUGUAUGUUAUAUUAUGACAGAUCUCUUUACGUUUUUUCUCACAUCUAUCUGCUAGUCCAGGAAUUUGUUACCAAAUAGUUUUUCUUGGGUAUUUGGUUGCCUCAGAGUGCUUACAUUUGUUAACAGAUUGUAAACCACAUUUAUUUACAUCGAUGAAUGGGCUGUCAAGUAAUCAUUGUAAAGCACUUUGUAUAUAUAAGGUGCUAUGUAAGUGCGAAAUAUCAUUCAUUUAAAAAUGAAAUGCCUUCUAACUUUCCAUAUUGACUUAUGUAUUUGGUCCCAAGUUAUAUUUAAGUCUUUUUUCUUGCAACAUAGCCCAUUUUUUUAAAGCAAAAAAUUUCUGAAAUUAGGUCAUGGUAUUUUUUGUUUAUUUUUAGGUAGGUUACUUAAUAUAGGAGGAUGUUUUCUCAUGUACUUGCUAUUUGGAAGUUCAGGUUUCAUUUAGUUCUUUAUGUUAAAUACAAGUAAGUCACCUCAAAUCAAGUUAAAUGUAAUUAAGAAUUUUCAGAAACUAUAUUCAAGUGUUUGAUUUUUAAAUUCUUUCUUACUUUUUAAUAAGAAAGAUGACCCAAAAAUCAGUAGUAUUUGUUUGUCCUCAGAAGCCGUAGUUGAAGAAAGAUUUUACAGUAUACACAGAAGUGGAGCCAUACAUUGUGCUAAUUUUUUACGUUAAGUGCAGAAGUCUGAGCACAGCAUGAAUGCUUCUGCCUAACAAGACCACAAAGCAACAAGAGUUAGGGAUAAAUGGAGGUAGCCAUGAGUAGAACUGCUGUAGGGCUUCAGGAGGCUACGCAUACCUGAUCAACUGGAAAGUUUCCAAAGUAAAAGAUUAAAAUCUUUCAGACUGUUCUUACCCCUACCCGUAUUUCACAAAUAGCCUGAGGAUCCAACUAUUUUUAAGGCAAAUUGGGACCAGACAUGGUGCCUCAAGCCUGUAAUCCCACUAUUUGGGAGACCUAGGCGGGAGUGGAUCACUUGAGGUCAAGAGUUUGAGACCAGCCUGUCCAACAUGGUGAACAAAAAUUAGCUGGGCGUGGUGGCACGUGCCUGUAAUCCCAGCUACUUGGGAGCUGAGGCAGGAGAGUCACUUGAACGCGGGAGUCAGAGACUGCAGUGAGCUGAGAUCGCACCACUGCACUCCAGCCUGGGCGACAGAAUGAGACUCGGUCUCAAUCAAUCAAUCAGUAAAGCAAAUUGGGAUGUGAGCACUAACCUUGGUAAGUUAAAAUUUUGGGGAAAUUGUACCUGCAGAAUAUGAUGGAUGAAAACAAGAGCCAAGUGCAUGUAAAACAUGAUUACAUGCCUGUAAUCCCAGCACUUUGGGAGGCCGAGAUGGACGCAUCACCUGAGGUCAGGAUUUCCAGACCAGCCUGUCCAACAUGGUGAAACUCUGUCUCUACCAAAAAUACAAAAAAUUAGCCAGGUGUGGUGUGUGCCUGUAGUCCCAGCUACUUGGGAGGGUGAGGCAGGAGAAUUGCUUGAACCUGGGAGGCGGAGUUUGCAGUAAAUUGAGAUGGCGCCAUUGCACCCCAGCCUGGUGACAAGAGCGAAACUCCGUCUCAAGAAAAAAAAAAAAAAAA